GUUGCAGGUCGUUGUGACCAUGGAAGCCCAUGCGAACAACUGUGCUAUGAACUGCACGACGGAAUGUAUGAGUGCGAUUGUAAAGAAGGUUAUUUGCUGAGAGAAGACGGAUAUAGUUGUUACGAGGAGCUGAAGCUGAACAGCUUCGAGGACAUUUUGUAUCAAAAUGACGCCGUUAUCAGCGCUGUCGAAGUUUCCCUGAACAACACGGAGUCCAAUGAGAUACCUCAACGGGAGUCAAACGAUAUCCCUAACUACGUCUCAAAUUUCACCACCACCGCACCGUCUACAAACUACACUACUCAGGGACCUAGGCUAGAACAAAAAGCGACGUCCGAUGGCACUGGUGUGCCUAAGGUCACGAUGCCAAUUUCGCUAAGUAAGCAACAGAAGCUCUGCCUUUUGGACUGUGGCCCAGGAGGUGGUUGCAGUUUGGACGAGGCUGAAGAUGAACCAGUAUGCUUGUGUCCUUUAGGGAGAGGCGGGCAGAGGUGCGAGGAAGGUAAGAUAAAACUGCAUACAAUGCGAUCCGCGCGGCCUACUAUGUUUCUAUAUGCAAAACUUAAAAGAUAUCGCUCGUAG